AUGGACUAUGCCAUGAAGUCCCUCAGCCUUCUCUACCCCAAGUCCCUAACCAGGCAUGUGGCAGUACGCACCUCGGUGGUGACCCAGCAGCUGCCGUCGGAGCCCAGCCUGGAGGCCCCCAGAGCCCGGCCCUGCCGAGUGAGCACUGCGGAUCGCAGUGUGCGAAAGGGCAUCAUGGCUCGCAGUCUUGAGGACCUCCUCUGCAAGGUCCGGGAUGCCCUGAUGCUGGCAGACAAGCCCUUCUUCCUGGUGCUGGAGGAAGAUGGCACAACUGUAGAGACAGAAGAGUAUUUCCAAGCCCUGGCAGGGGAUACAGUGUUUAUGGUCCUCCAGAAGGGGCAGAAAUGGCAGCCCUCAUCAGAACAGGGGACUAGGUACCAACUCUCCCUCUCCCAUGAGCCUGCCAAGAAGAUUGAUGUGGCCCGCAUAACCUUUGACCUGUACAAGCUGAACCCACAGGACUUCAUUGGCUGCCUGAAUGUGAAGGCGACUCUCUAUAAUACAUACUCCCUUUCCUACGAUCUGCACUGCUACAAGGCCAAGAGCAUUGUGAAGGAAGCUCUUCGCUGGGCCCUGUUCAGCAUGCAGGCCACAGGCCACGUGUUGCUCGGCACCUCCCAUUACAUGCGGCAGCUCCUUGAUGCCACAGAGGAAGGGCAGCCCCCCAAGGGCAAGCCCUCAUCCCUCAUCCCUGCCUAUCCGAAGCUACUGCAGUGA